GGAGCUUUCUGCCUGCCUAGUGUAGCUAUGUUGUGAGAAGGAUAAGUGCGAAGAGCUCGAGGCGAUAACGCGUGAUUCUCCGGCGCCCCCACGGUUAAGUUCCAGCUAUAAACACCGGCCCGCAAGCUGGCACCCCAACAUUUUGAAAGAAGUCAAGAUUUCAUGACGUCAUGGAUCGGUAUGGCAACCUUUUAGAUGGUGGUGAUGUCGAUCAUUCCUUUUUUGAUAGUGAUGUUGAUGAAGAAGCAAAAAAAGGCGUUUACAGUUCCUCGGGGCCAAGCAGGCCAGAGUAUGUGAAAAAAGCGGUAGAAGAUGCAGAGGGAGAACAAGGUGCAGGCAAGGGAGAUGGUGACCGAGCGGCUGGUCGGCCAUCGUAUGAGCGUGAAGUUGCUGUGUCUGGUUUUGCUUUGGAGGCCAUGAGACCUAGCAGUGCAGUGAAGUCUGGGAGAAGCUCCGUACAAAGCUUGAAAAUAGAAACAACCAUCCCAACAGGGAUUCCUAAAAUAAGACGGGAGUUUGAGGACAAUUACUACCCAGAUGAAGAUGAUAGUAGCGAGGAAGAAAGCUACCUCUCGAGACCCAAGUCAUCAAAACAAACCAACCUUGUGAAGAAAAGUGCAGGGAAGCAUAGCAGGGAUCUAUCCUCUUCUAUGUCCAGUUCAGAUACAGAGUAUUCGGACACCGGGUCAAAUGAUCGCACGUCUAGAUCUUCAUACCAGUCUUCAAAGGAGAGAGGGCCUUCCCCUGAGAAGUACCCAGGCAGGGAUCUGAGAGACUAUGCGGAGGAAUCUGAAGACACGGUCACUGAUGUGACCCCUCUUUCUACACCUGACAUCAGUCCGAUACAGUCUUUUGAUCUGGCAGCUACCAGUGCAACGCUAAAAAACAAAGUAAAACGGCAAGAAAACAUCAGCCAAGAAAUAUAUGAUCCUGAACAGAAGCCUAAUCCAAAGAUUUUAGAGGAUGCUAUGGACCUAAACCAGCUGCUGAAAGCUUUUAUGCAUCUGGAUAAGAAAGACCAUCAAAACCUGGCAGUCCAGCACCCUGAAAUGGGGCGCAGAAAGAAUUACUCUUUUACGAACGAGGAAGUGAGGCAUAUUGACCGGGAAAACCAUAGAUUGCUGAAAGAGCUCUCCAGGAUGGCAUCCAAACCCCGGGGCAAAAGUCUGACGCCUCCGAAACCCAGCGCCACCCCUGUCCGACUCUAUCACACCGCACUGAAUAGACAAAGGGAGCAGCAACGUAUAGAAAGGGAAAACAUGGCUUUGCUAAAAAGGCUGGAAUCUGUUAAACCAACAGUUGGCAUAACUCGUACCGAGCAGCUCAUGGAUUACCAGCGCCAAGCGGGAUACCUCACCUCCACCUCCAGUAGGUCAGGGAGGUCCAUGAGCCGGAUCAGCUCAUCUUCUUCAAAAGGUGGUUUGUCACGCGUGUCCAGUACAAGCAGCCGCAGCGACAGGACCGGUUCCAGUGCCGCAUCGCUAAGACCUACAAAGUCCAGUAAUGUCCGAGCAGCGUGGCUGUGAUGAUCCACCCAGAAAUGGUUGUACCCCCCACCUUGAUCCCAGAUUUCUAUUGAAGUGAUUUUGUAAAUUCAUGUGUGAAGGACCCAUAAUCCUAUUGUGAAAAUCUUGACAAAUAAUGUGCAUUUCAGGUGGCUGUUAUUUAUUCUCUAUGUACGUUUUUAAUUUUUUAUAACGCAUAUCGUGCCAUUCCAGCAUGCUGUGUUGUGCAUACGCUCCAGCUGUUGUAGACCUCUACCGGCAUGCUAACACCUUAUAUUUUUUCCCCAGUACCUUUC